AUGCAGAUCAAGAGCAUCUCAUUACUGGCUCUGCCCCUAAUAGUCCUAUCCACAGCUGUCGACAUAGAAGCCAGGGCGCAGACAUGUGCGCAGCCAGGAUGGAACCUUGCCACAAGAGCAUAUUUCUACGAACGCAAUGAGCGCCUCUCUACACCCGCCCAAUGCGGCUCUCAUUGUCUUGGAGACACCAGAUGCGUCUCGUAUGCGGUGGGAAACAAAGUAUGCAUGCAUUUUGCCGCAACUCGCAAAGAAUUGCAAGAACGACCUUCAAAGCCCGUACAUGUUCUAUGA